AUGUACUUUGAUGGAGCGUCCCAUAGAGAAGGAGCUGGUGCUGGAGUCGUCUUUGUGACAUCCCAUGGAGAGGUGCUUCCGUAUUCCUUCACUUUGACUAAAAAUUGCUCAAACAAUGUUGCAGAGUAUCAAGCUCUAAUUCUGGGGUUGGAGAUGGUCGUGGACAUGAAGCAACUACAUCUGAAAGUCUAUGGUGAUUCAAAGCUAGUGGUGAACGAACUGCUUGGAGAAUACGAUGUAAAGAAGCCUGAGUUGCUCCCGUAUGUCGACUAUGCGAAAAGGCUCAUGGGAUGGCUUGGAGAUGUUACGAUCGAACAUGUGGUCGAGAAAGAAUAA